AUGGUUCAAGGGGCUGAAUGGCCUCACUCCUGUUACACUAAGACUGUACGCUGCUAUCCCACUCUCUCUCUCUCUCCCCAGUUUGUGAAGUGUGGUUUUGCCGGCUCGAAUUUCCCGGAACACAUCUUCCCAGCACUGAUCGGACGGCCAAUCGUCCGCUCGACUGCCAAAGUGACAGCAUCAAGAGGAUCUGAUGGUGGUGAUGAGGUGAGUGAAUUUCGCUCGAUGCUGGAGGUGAAUUUUCCGAUGGAGAAUGGGAUUGUCCGGAAUUGGGAUGAUAUGAAGCAGCUUUGGGAUUACACGUUUGGGCCUGAGAAACUGGACGUUGACCCUCGCAACUCUAAGAUUCUCCUGACUGAACCUCCCAUGAAUCCCAUCAAGAACCGGGAGAAGGUCAUCGAGCUAAGGGCAGGCCUGGCUAUUGGGCAACAUGCAGCAUCACAACCAGGACUAUUGGGCAACAUGGGGCAUCGCAACUGGGGCUAUUGGGCUACCUGGAGCAUCGCAACCGGGGCUAUUGGGCUACCUGGAGCAUCGCAACCGCGGCUAUUGGGCUACCAGGGGCAUCACAACCAGGGCUAUUGGGCUACCAGGGGCAUCACAGCCGUGGUUCUCCUUUGA